AUCAAGCCCAGGUGGUUGGAAGCUCUUUACGUGCAGAAAUUCUUUUCGCCUUGCUCAAUUCACGACGCGGCCAAGAAAAACGAGAAGAAUAUUUGUUGUUUGGAUUGUUGCACGAGCAUUUGUCCUCAUUGUGUGAUUUCCCAUAGAGCCCAUCGGCUACUUCAAAUACGCCGUUAUGUGUAUCAUGAAGUUGUUCGGUUAGAGGACCUUGAGAAGCUCAUGGAUUGUUCAAACAUACAGGCUUAUACGAUUAACGCUGCAAAAGUGGUGUUCAUCAAGAAGAGACCUCAAAACAGGCAAUUCAAAGGGUCUGGAAACUAUUGCACGUCUUGUGAUAGGUCUUUACAAGACCCAUUUAUCCAUUGCUCUCUAGGCUGCAAGGUACGCCUGCCUUUAUUAUUAACUUCAAUUCUAAUUUUACUCAUUUUUUUAUAUGCAAUAUCAGUCUCGAUUACAAAAUUUUACUCAUCUAAG